AAUAAAUAUUUUUUGACUGAGUUUUGCGGGGGGUAUGCCCCAUUCUGAAGAAGUUGAUGAUUUUACUGUCUCACUUAUUUUUUCCUUCCAGAAUGCGUUCUGGGUGGGUUUCCUGGAUGGUGGUUCUGCAAGUGAGUGUAAUCAGGCUGGAUUCCUCCAUGACUCAAGGCAGAGACUCUCCAGAAGAUUUUGUGAUUCAGGCAAAGGCUGACUGUUACUUCACCAAUGGGACAGAGAAGGUGCAGUUUGUGGUGAGAUUCAUUUUUAACUUGGAAGAGUAUGCACGUUUCGACAGCGAUGUGGGAAUGUUUGUGGCAUUGACAGAGCUGGGGAAGCCUGAUGCUGAGCUGUGGAACAAUCGGCCGGAUAUAUUGGAGAGGAGUAAAGCUUCUGUGGAUGCACUCUGCAGACAUAACUACAAGCUGGGUGCACCCUUCACCGUGGGGAGAAAAGUGCAACCAGAGGUGGCGGUGUAUCCAGAGAGGACCCCAUCCCUGCAACACCACAAUCUGCUGCUUUGCUCUGUGACAGGUUUCUAUCCAGGGGACAUCAAGAUCACGUGGUUCCGGAAUGGGCAGCAGGAGAGAGUAGGGGUCAUGUCCACUGGCCUUAUCAGGAAUGGAGACUGGACCUUUCAGACAAUGGUGAUGCUGGAAAUGACUCCUGUACCUGGAGAUGUCUACACCUGCCUUGUUAAUCAUCCCAGCCUGCUGAGCCCUAUUUCUGUGGAGUGGAGAGCUCAGUCUGCAUAUUCUUGGAGAAAGAUGCUAAGUGGAAUUGCAGCCUUCCUGCUUGGGCUGAUCUUCCUUCUGGUGGGGACUGUCAUCUGCCUCAGGGCUCAGAAAGGGUAUGUGGAGACGCAGUUGUCUGGUGAUGAGGUCUCAAGAGCAGUUCCCUCACCAUAGCCACACUAAGGUCCCAAUCAGAGCUUCUUGCCCUGGAGGCUGAAAUAGUACCGAAUGACUUGAGUUCAAAUGACUAAGUAAAGGACUCUCAUGAGGUCCAUGUUCUGGAGCUACUUCCAUGAGUCCUUGGAGGAGUCCUGACUUGAUUCUAGAGUUCUGUUUUCUGAGAUCAUCUCUCACUCGUCUGCCCUUCUUCCUCCUCCUUGCCUGUGCCAUUAGUCCCCAUUUCCAAGGAUAGUGUGCAGAAAUUCCCACCAAAGCUGACUCCCACCAGCCCCAACCUGCAUACCUCCUAUGGUCCAGGCCUAACCUUGUGAGUUAUCCUCAUGUCUUCCUGUUUCCAACUGCACUCUCCACUGUCUCCAGAAGACAAAUGCUCAGAGGCACUGUUUCCUUUUCACCGUUUUUUAUGACCUUUUUUAUUGUAAAAUAAAACUGAGGAACAGAUAACCAUACAAAAUGUAGAAUUUAAUGAAUUAUUUAAGGUCAAGAAAUAGAACUUUACCAGUCAGGGCAGGAGUCUCCCUGUGCCAUAGGCCAAUCAAUCCCCUCUCCCUCCUCUCAAAAGUAAUUAUAUUCUGGGAGGCCUGGGUGGCUCAGUCAGUUAAGUGUCAGGCUCUUGAUUUCGGCUUGGGUCAUGAUCUCAUGGUUCAUGAGAUUGAGCCCUGCAUUGGGCUCUGUGCUGACAGUGCAGAGCUUGCUUGGGAUUCUCUCUCCCUCUCUGUGUUCUUCCCCUGCUUGUGCUCUCUCUCUUUCUCUCUCAAAAUAAAUAAACUUUAGAAAAAAGUAAUUACAUUCUGUUAAUCACUUUUUAAAUUUUUUUUAAUGUUUAUUUAUUUUUGAGAGAGAGGGAGAAACAGAGUGUAAGCAGGGAAAGGGCAGAGAGGGAGGGAGACACAGAAUCUGAAGCAGGCUUCAGGCUCUAUGCUGUCAGCACAGAGCCUGAUGCAGGGCUCAAACCCAGGAAUCAGGAACCAUGAGAUCAUGACCUGAGCUGAAGUCAGACACUUAACCGACUGAGCCACCUAGGUGCUCCUUAAAUAUUUUUAAAAAAUGUUUAUUUUUGAGAGAGAGAGCACAAGCAAGGGAGGGGCAGAGAGAGAGAGAGAGUGAGAGAGCGAGAUUGAGAGGUAGACACAGAAUCUGAAGCAGGCUCCAGGCUCUGAGCUGUCAGUUCAGAGUCUGAUACGGGGUUCGAACCCAUGAACUGGGAGAUCAUGACCUGAGAUGAAGUCAGACACUUAACCGACUGAGCCACCCAGGUGCCCCAGCUUAGUUGUCUUUUAUGUCUCAUACUUUACUAUUUCUCCUCCAUCCCCUUUGCCCCCCUUAUGACUAAUACGUUGAAAAGCCUGAGACAUUUAACCUACAGAGUUUUCCAUAGUUUGGAUUUUACCAAUUGCAUGCAUCUGGUGCAGUUUAGCAUGUCCUUCUGUCCUCUGCAUUUCUUGCAAGUUGGCAAAUGGAUGCAGAGGUUGGUUGGAUAGACAGGUUUAAUUUCUUUGAUGAGUCUGUAGGUGGAGGUGUGUUUUUUACCAUGAGGCCCAAACUGUCCAAUUGUGUCUCUUUUUACGGUGCAUUCACCUUUGGUGUUCAUUGCCUACGCCCUUGAAUUCACUUGAAUUCUACCAGUCCUUCUUUGUUUAUAUGCUUUAUUGCUUCUGUAAAGAGACAUUUCUCUUCAUUUACUGGUGGGUUGCCCAGUGACACAGUGGAAAGAAAGGAUCGGUGUUUUAGUUCUUUUACUUUUUUAAUUUUCAAGUUACUGAAUUUGUUUCCUACUAUUACCCAAAGGUGGGCAAUUAGGAUCUACUUUUUAUUUUAUUUCUUGUAUCAUUAUAAACUCAAGGAUUUAAAUGUAUUUGGUGGAUUUUAACUCCUGGUGGUUUUUAGCCACGAGUUCGAUCAUAUCAUCCUAGGUGCAUGGAAACUUCUUCAAGUGGCUCCUGAGUCCUUUUGACACAAGUCUUUUGAUCAUUUCUUUGUUAUCUGCAUGCCAAAAUGUUCCAGGUUUAUUCUGUAUGUUUCCCGCUCAGACCUGAAAUCAGCCAUUGUUUUAGAAAGCCCUGGAUUAUUUUAGUGGGAAAUGUCACUAAGACCGUAAGCGGGAGUUAGGAGUUCAUCACUAUAUCAGGUCUUUUUGGUGGAAGUACAAAUGUUUAUAUGUAACGUUCAUAUUUAUAGAAGCACAAAGUUUAUGUAUAUACAAAUAAAAAAUUAAUCUCUUCUAUA